AUGAUCAGUCCACUUCUCCUUCUACAAGCCCUCCCCCUCCUCCCCCUCAGCCUCUCGACCGCAUCCCCCUCCCCGCCCUCCACCACCGCCGCAACAUACGACUACAUCAUCAUCGGCGGCGGAACCGCCGGCCUAACAGUCGCCAACCGCCUUUCCGAAGACCCCUCUCUCUCCAUCCUCGUUAUCGAACCAGGCGAGCCCCAACUCAAUAACCCCAAUGUCACCGACAUCUCGCGCCUCGCGUAUACAUAUGACAGCCCGCUGGACUGGGCGUACGAGACGACGGAGCAGGCGUUUGGGGGGCGCCGGCAGGUGAUGCGGGCGGGGAGGGCGCUGGGGGGGACGAGUGCUAUCAAUGGAGCAGCCUACGCGCGCGCAGAACGGAUCCAGCUCGAUGCCUUGUAUGGCCUUGGAAAUGGGACUACGACCUGGUCCUGGUCCUGGCCCUGGACGUGGGAGAGGAUGCUGCCCUACUACAAGAAGAGCGAGACGGUUCGCGCGCCAAACGCAUCGCAGGUCGCCGCUGGGGCAUCGAUCAUCUCCGGCUACCAUGGAGAUAGCGGACCGGUUCAGGUCGGUUUCCUGGAUAUGGGGAACGAUACCAGGCAUACAGGCGACGUCGAUGGCGAAGUCAACUUCACCACAGGUUUGAAUCGCACGCAUGCAUGCACAGCCCGCCAUGCCCCGUCCUCCCUCUCCUCCUCCUCAUCCCCAUCAGCUUCCAUCCCAGAUCAGGGUCCUCCGGCCAAUGACGCACCUUUGCGUUCCAGCAUCACGGAUAUGGAAACCAGGGGAACACUGUGUGACGAGCCUCGAGCUCCCGUCGAAAGCGCAGGGAAUGAUCGAGUUUGUAAUGGUCAUUCGGAUCAAUGGACGGAUGAUAAAAGAACGGGAAAAUCUGAUGGCAUUUGUCGCUGGGAAUGA